GCUGGGGCGUCAGUGUGUUCCGCUCCGGUCGCCCUUACCCCUUGGACCCGCUUCCCUAUCUGUGUACCUACCGAGGUGUUGAGGUGAGGCGGAGUUGACCUGGAAACCUCUCCUUGGCCACUGUCCUUUCUAAGGAAUUCAUUUCCAGAGCCCGCCUGCACAGAACCGGUGGGGGACCCUUCUAGGAGCAGAGAAAAUGGCCGUCUUCAGGCAGCUGUCCCUGGGCUCGAAGGCCGCCCUAGCUGCUGUCACUGUCUUCGUGUCCAUGAUCGUCUCCCGCUCCUGUCUAGCCGAGAGCCUUGAGCUCAGGGCCUGGCGUUGGCUGUUUCGCCUGCAGCUCGCCCUGUUUGUCAACUCGCUCAUGCUCAUUGGCUCUCUCUACAUCUGGCGUAGCACAGUGAGCAACCUCUGCCACUCCCCAGCCGCGGAGUCAACCUGUUUUCAGCUCUGGAAGGUGGCCGUUCUGGCAUUUCUGGCCCUGGCCCAUUCCAGUUUCUUCACCAUGCUCUUUUUAGUGGCCGAGGAGCCCUACCUCUUUUCCUUGGCAGCCUACUCCUGCCUGGGCGCUUACAUCAUCAUGGUCUUCUUCCUUUGCAUCCUCAGCGGCAUGGAGCAAGCCUGUCAGCUCCUGGCCUGGCGCAGUGGCAGGGUCGAGGGCAGUCUUGACAAGACCAGGAAGCUGGCGCUCAGGCCCGCGCUGGCCGUGGCAGUGACCACCGUGCUCAGUGUGGCAGGGCUUCUGAAUGCCGCCCAGCCCCCCGCGGUGAGAACCGUGCAGGUGCCCAUCGACCAGCUGCCCCCGUCUAUGAACAGCCUCAAGAUCGUGCUCCUCUCGGACAUCCACCUGGGCCCCACGGUGGGCAGGACAAAGAUGGAGCUGUUUGUGAGCAUGGUGAACGCACUGGAACCGGACGUCACUGUGAUCGUGGGCGACCUCUCCGAUUCGGAAGCCUCGGUCCUGCGGACAGCUGUCGCUCCUUUGGGCCAGCUCCAUUCACGCCUCGGCACCUACUUCGUCACAGGCAAUCACGAGUACUACACGUCAGAUGUCAGCAACUGGUUUGCGCUGCUGGAAUCCCUGGGCGUCCAGCCCCUUCACAACGAGAACGUGAAGAUUUCCGCCACAGGGACCCGGCGUAGUGGCGGCGAAGAUGAUGGCUGGAUCUGCUUGGCCGGGGUGGACGAUAUCGAAGCAGACAUCCUGCACUACUCUGGCCAUGGCAUGGAUCUUGUCAAGGCCCUGAAGGGCUGCGGCCCAGACCACACCAUCAUCUUGCUAGCUCACCAGCCCCUGGCCGCCAAGAGAGCCCUCCAGGCUCGGCCAGACAUUAACCUGAUCCUUUCCGGGCACACGCAUGCUGGGCAGAUCUUCCCCUUGAACGUGGCAGCCUAUCUCCUGAACCCCUUCUUUGCUGGUCUCUAUCAAGUGGCCCAGGCUACAUUCGUAUAUGUCAGCCCAGGCACAGCCUACUAUGGGAUACCCAUGAGGUUGGGUAGCCGGGCGGAGAUCACGGAGCUCAUCCUGCAGCGGGCUUCCUGAACCGCCCCACCCUGUGCGCCUCUGCCCUGCCCUGCUCACCUCCGUCCUGCCCUUGCCCUCCACCUUGUCCUGCUUCAGGGUCGCUUGCCUGCUUUGUCCCUCUGGCCUCUCCUGCCCAGCCCUGCCAGUGCACCCUUGGACACAAGCCUGACUCUCACAGUGAUUUGUGGGGGGGCUGCCUGGCAAGUUCGAGCUAGUUCGACUGGUUAGAUGGCCAGUUGCUUUUUUAUAUGCACUUGUGAGGUCAGUAAGAUCAGAUAUCUGAGAACUCGCAUCUGUUUUCCAGGUGGUACUGAGUGGGGCCCUCCUUCUGCGGAGCUCGCAGGGAUGAACUGCAACAUGGGGUUGCUGGAAAGGGACACCUCUAGAAAGCAGAGCCAGGAAGGAGUGGGAGCAUUUUUAAGCCCUCUUUAGGACUUAGGGGGCCCAGAAUCAUUGAUCCAGAUCCUUUCUGGGGAAGGGACAGUGUGGCUAGGUAAUUUGGGAGAGCAGUAAGAGAAAAGGCCCCUCUGGAUACUAGAGAAGAGUAUUUUCUUUUCCUCUUUGAUUCUACUGAGUCACCUUUAGUGGAGCCAUCAGCAAAAGCCUUGAGGGAUGCUGUUUAACUGUUUGUGCUCCUGGGUCUUUGGGGGUUGAUUGGGAUGAGAAGAAUGAGCCCCAUAGUAGGUGAUGGUGCUGCUGCUUAGGAAUGUGACGGGUUUUAUCUCUCUGGUCUCAUUUUGUACAACCCUUGGGUUAUCUCUCUGGUCUCAUUUUAUACAACCCUUGGGUGAAGUGCUUAGGUUCAGGCUGCUUUUCCCUGUUCAGAGGUGAGGAAACUAAGGCAAAGAGGCAAUACAACUGGGUGUGUAGGAGAUUUGGGGCUAGAAGCCAGGUCUUCCACCUCCCGGUAAAAAUGUUCUUGCCACCUGUAUCUGUUACAGGUGAGUGCAGGAUUCGAACGCAGUUAACCGAAGAGAACCAGCAAGGGCCUAGGUCCUGAUGUUCUUUCAAAGAAUUUGCCCAAGGCUGAUUUCAGUUUACCCUGUAACUGCAUGGACCGGGGCCUGGGAGUCAGCUAGUUUCAGUGUGGGAUGUCUGUUGCAUUUGAAGACGAGGCAGGAAACUGGAGCCCCCUACCCCGACCCCAGGUUUGGGUUUGAUUUUUUUUUGUGAGAAGUUAGGUCCGCCCUCUACCAGUGGGGGAGUUGAGGCUUGCGUGGGGAGUGGUAGGACUCCAUGCCUCUGGAAGGGCCUCAGGGGCUCCCCUCCCUGGGCCCUGGCUGUGGAAUGUGGAGACUGUCCUUCCUGCUGGGUGGCUUCCAACCCACCUGCCUGACCCUGUAAGAGCUGCCCUUGGUCUCUGGCCAGGGAAUGGCAGUGCCAUCUCCACUGGGCUCUAGACCCAUAGACAAACUGGCAGGGGUUGUUAACAUGUUUGGAGUGACCCUUACCCUGUUGGCCCAAUCCAUGUGUGAGUGGCAAGAGACCCUUUGACCCUGGGGUGGCAAUAAGCACUCCUGCUAGAAAAGACAUUACUGGGCUCAACACUGCUUUCUUGCUAGAUGAUUUACACUUGGGAUGGAGAGGGACUGAAGAAACUUGCUCUGACAGGACAGGCUCACCUGCCUGCCACUCACUAGUUGGGCAGCACUGGGCAAGUGACUUGCUCUCACUGACCCUUGGUUUCCAUCAACCCUAAAAUGGGGAUAAUUAUCGUAUCUAUCUCAAGAUUGUUUUGUUGGGUGGGUGUUAAGCCUUGGUGCAUGAGUUCCCUGUGGCACGAUGCACACAGUAAAUGCUCAAUGUCAUGUUAAUUUUUCAACAUCACAUGGGGCUUGCUUAAAGAACUAUGUUGGGUGCAGGUGCCCAGAGAGUCCAUGGAGCAUCCAAUCCUGGGGUGUGUGGGUGGGCAGCGUGCUACUUGCUGCAGGGGCUGGAGACCUGUCAAAGCAGCAGUGGCCAGAGCUUUGCUUUCCUCUGCCCGUGUUGAUGUCUCCUUCUGCAUGUUCUGCCUGGCAGAGUUUAUUCACUUUCUCUUUGUCUUCCUGGUAUAUAGCAGGGAUCUGGGGGAUCCUGGAGACCCCUCUUCUUGUUCCCAGGCAGCAGCCAAGAUAUUGAUGGCAGGCCAUCCAGUCAAGUUAAAAAAGUAUCUUUGAGUUGAGAUUUUAGUGACUUCCUUUUAUUCCCCCCCCCCCCAAUUAUAUUUCAGUCAUCCUUACACCCAGAAGCAAGUUUGGAAAGAAACAGAAUUUCAGACUGGGGGAAGGGACCCUGGAGAGCUCUUCUUUAAAAUACAUGGUGGGAUUUCAGAAGAGGAGAAGUGCCCAGCCCAGGCCGGCGGCCCAGCGCCCAGUUCCCCAACUCCCUUCUCCACGGCCCCUCUCCAGGCUCGCAUUCCUCCUAGCCCCAGAAAGGCCACUCUCCCAAGCUCUCUUGCUUUCUUAUGCCCUGACUCCAUUUUUUAGAUCACUCCUACUGCCCUUCACUUGUCUUUUGUUUUGGAUUUCACCAGAGUAGGCUAGAUGGUGCCAUUUCACUUCCACUCUUGGGUACCGCUAGUAGCUUUUAACUCACCUGUUAUAUGUUAUUUUACUGACUUCUUGAUUGUAGAUCUUAUCAGUGCCCUGGGCUUGAUGAAAUUAGCUUUCAUCAAGUCCUAUUUCUUUUUUUUUUUUUUUAUCUUGUAUUGUUGUCUCUUUUUGAAUACCAUGAUUUUGUGGUCUUAUGUACCCUUCAUCCACUCAGAAGUCCUUGCUUGACUGGUUGCCUUCUGUUAGCCUAAAGGAAGCAGGUCCAUCCUAUGUAUCUGAGAAAUGGCAUCAACACCCUCUCAUACCUGGUUUGUAUUCUCUGACUUGGCAGAUGUUUUUGCAGCAGAAAUUUCUCCAUUACUGUCAAGAUAUGGCCCUGAUGAGCAGCUCUCUGUGGCACUCUUGAGAUCCUCUGUUCAAUGCUCUUAAUCCAUUUACCUUCUUUGUUUCAUGAGAAGCAUUUACUUGAAGCUUGAUCAUUCUUUCAAUUUCAUUGCAGCUUCUUUUUACAAAAGAAGGCAAAUUAAAAUGCAGUGCUCCUCAGAGAUGAGCAAUAGCAUGUAUAGUAGGAUACUCUUGUUACCAAAUCUCAAUAAAUUAACCCUGCUGCCAUUCAUUGCGAACAUCCAUCCAUCCCUUUUUUUCCCUCUUUUGUUUGGUGUGUUUUAAACUUUUUGUACUGACAUAUACUCAUCACCCAGCUUCAACAGUUGUGACUAUUCUGCCUUCCUUUCUCUACCAUCCUGCCCCACACUCUUUCUUUUCUCUUUUUUGGCUGGAGUAUAGUAAGGCAAACCUUAGAAAACAUUAUUUUACCCCAAGAUUACUUCAGUAUGAAUCCUUUUUUUCCCAUGAAAUUAACAGUGAUUCUUGAAUAUCACCUAAUACCCAGUUAGGAGAUUUGAGGCUAGAAGCCAGAUCUUCUGCCUCUUAAUAAGUGUUCUUUUCACUGUUUGAUUGUGUAAAGACUUAGUGUUCAGUUUUUCUUGAUUGUCUCAAUUAUGCCUUUUUUUUUUAUUGUGGUAAAAAUGCACAACAUUAAAUUUACUAUCUUUUUAAGUGUUUGAUAGUGUUUGUAACACAGUAACACAGUUGGAUAGUGUUAAAUGUAUUCUCAUUGUUGUGGGAUAGAUCUCCAGAACUUUUCCUUCUUGUAAAUCUGAAACUCUACCCAUUAAACAACUCCCCUUUUCCCACUCCCCUCAGCCCCCGAUUACUAUCAUUCUACUUUCUGUUUCUAUGAAUUUGACCACUUUAGAUGCAUCAUGUAAGUGGGAUC